UUCUUCUUCUUCCUCUUCCUCUUCCUGGGUGCCACCCAAGGAUGCGCUUGCGGGCCACCCAGGCCGGGCUCAGCGCCGGGAUCGGGGCCACGCUCUUCCUCCACCCCACAGACUUGCGUCUCCAGGUGGAGGAAGGGGCCUGGCUGGCUCCGCUGUUCUUCCUGGGCUUGCUCCUCUCCUCGGUGGCCUUGUACUUCGUGGUCUCCCUCAUGGACCCCGGCUUCGUCCACGAACAGAGGAAGGAAUCGGGGAGCAAGGAACAGGAAAUCAUCGCCUUCCCGCAAGACGUUCCGGAGGUCCGGCUCCGUCGCUGCGGCUACUGCAUGCUGAAGCAACCCAUGCGGGCCAAGCACUGUCGCGAAUGCCGGCACUGUGUCCGGCGCUAUGACCACCAUUGCCCGUGGAUUGAGAACUGCGUCGGGGAACGCAACCACCGGCUCUUUGUCCUCUACCUGGCCGUCCAGUUGGCGGUCGUCUUGUGGGCCAUGGAGACCGCCUGGUCCGGCCUGGGUGCGCUGCCCUCCUUCUCCUCCUUCUCGUGGGUUUGGCUCCGCCACAACCUGUUGCUGCUGCUCUGCUUGCUGGUGCUGUCGGUGUGCGCGGUGGUGGCGGCCUUGCUCCUGGCCUCGCACGCCUACCUGGCCUCGUGCAACACCACCACCUGGGAGUUCAUGUCCCGCCACCGCAUCUCCUACUUGCGCCACUGCCCGGAUGAGGAGAACCCCUUUGACCGGGGGGUCUUCCACAACCUCUGGGGGUUCUUCUGUGCUCGCAGGAGCGUCCGGUGGGAGAACCUCUACCCAAGUGCCGUCUGAGUCAGCCCAAGCGGCACAUCGCCUUCCAUCCCACUGGACCCUCCAGAGACUGAGGAACACGCCUCCGGGAAUGUGCGCUGA